AUUUAUUGCACCAGCUAAAGUCCAGCUUGCGCACUGCGUACCAGUACAGUGACUGAUUUCUGUUCUGCCCGCGCUUGCACAUCAUGCUCUUCUAUGUCACAUCUUGCAUGAUUAGUUCGGUUGUCGUUUUUCUUUAUCCUGGCUAUGCGUCCUACAAAACCCUUUCCCAGAGACCAGCCUCCGAGGAGGAUUUGGAGCGAUGGCUCAUGUACUGGUCGGUGCUUGGAUGUAUUGUCGGCGUCGAGUACGUUGCAGAGUGGCUUGUUUCAUGGGUACCAUUCUACUACCUCGUGAAGACCCUAUUUCUUCUCUAUAUCGCGCUACCACAAACUCGCGGUUCAUCCUACCUCUAUAUCAACCAUCUUCAACCAUUCUUCCACACGCAUGAAUCCCAGAUCGAUGCGACACUCGCAUCUUUCAAAAUUCGGAUCUAUGCCUUCAUCCAAGAAAGAUUUCGCAGCUUAUGGGACGCUCUCGCUACAACAAUUGGCCAACAGCAACAGGCCAACUUUUCCCCUGCAGGCGGGGUGACAGACACCGGCGUACCCCCAACUUUGGCUGACCCGGCAUCAGGGCCCGCUCGACUUGCUAUGGGGCUUUGGCACUCGUACGGCCCUUCGAUCGUCGCUUCUGGUACAGCACUGCUGCGUCAAGGUGCUGCGGCAGCGGGAACAUCUGCUGACCAAGCAUGGAAGACCCCUGCGAACACCUUCACAAGGCGUUCUGACGCAGGUCACCAGGGCUCCUUGAAAGAUCGCAAGCGCGAGCUUGAAGCUGAGCUUGCGUUCAUUAAUUCGUCAGAGCGUCCUGGUAUCCCGAUUCCACCUGCUUCAGGCUCCGUCCAGCUACCCUCCCGCGUGUCUUCGGACUCUGACCUGCGGGAGCGUGGGUCCAGCUUUGUUGGGCGAUUCGAGGAAGUGGACGUCCCCAGCGAUGCAGAGGGGUAUGAUGUUGAUGGGGACUCGGGUCGGGAGGGUCAUGACAAGACUGAGGCAAGGAAGCCAGUCAGCUGGUUUGGUUGGGGAAGUGCCGCGCCAAGCAAGGGCGGAAAAUCAGAUUAGUUGGAAGCUGGAUCAUGCUGGGAAUCUGUAUCAUAGUGGAUAGUCAUGUUUAUUUAAAUUUGCACAGGUAUACAUACUCAGUUUAAGCUCGGUAAUUCUAAUCAUGGGUGUAUCCUUUGUGCAAUAUCUGCACCAUGUUCUGCGGUCGAUCAACAGUUGAACGUUUGAAGCACGUACAUAAGUCGUGGACUGAGCGCCGGCUUGGCGGUACACAUAAGCCAACAUUGUGCGAUAGACGGCAAAGUUCCAAAGUUGGCACCAAGCAAUCGAGUAACUUCUCGUUUUCUCCG